UUUGAAGAGUGUGUAGAGGGCAUAAGUGCUCCAAGCGGAACACGGGAACAUCAUCAUCAGACAGAACAGAGAAGAGUAGGUGAACAGUUUGUUUUGGAAGUAGGUGUGCGCCCGCUGUGCUGUCACGAUGGGUCUUUUUCCCAUCUUGACAUAUGAAGAAUCGUGAUGACAGUGAAGUGUUAUCAAAGCAAAUUAUGUCAUAAUUCGAAUUAUGGCCGAAUCCAGUCUCGAAAGCCAAAUCGAUUGUUUCCUCGAACAAUUCAAGAGGAAUGCCUCCAAAGCCAUGGAGGAGCGAACUGUAGUCACUCGAUCACGGAGUUCCUAUUUAGAUACUGAAUCGCCAGAUGAACCUGUAACACCUUGUGAAGAAAUUGAAAUGGUCAAUACGAUUCAGUCGGAACCUUUAGGACUUAACGAUGUUGCCGAACUUUUACAUUCACAAUACGCAAUUAUCUCAGGUGGGAAGUCUAAGGAAGGUUGUCCCAUUAUCACUUUCCCAGACAACAAUAAUUUUCACUUGUUAUCAGAUGUUGAGUAUCAACGAUUGAUGUUAUAUUUAACCUCAGUGCCCUCACUACAAGAGGCGGAUUUGGGCUUCCAUUUAAUAAUAGAUAGGCGAAAAGACAGGUGGAAUUCAGUCAAAACAGUCCUGUUGAAAAUCUCAGUGUAUUUCCCCGGUCUUAUUCACGUGGUUUACGUAAUCCGGCCUGCUAGUUUCCUCCAGAAAGCUUUGUCCGAAGUGAGCAAUAAAUUAUUCAAGGACGAGUUUAAAUUCCGCAUGAUAGUCUUAAGUACAAUUGAAGAACUCCACGAAUACAUAGACUUGAACCAAAUAACCCCCGAUUUGGGGGGCAGUUUGCAAUACUCCCACGAGGAGUGGAUGCAGCAGCGAAUCGAGUUAGAGAAAUUCUCAGUGGUGACUCAACAAGUCUCAAAUGCCUUAGAUAAAUUCACGAAAAUUAUCGACGAAGCCGAAUUACCAAACAAUGUCGACUCGACUCAGCAAAUUUUGAACCGACAAACUCUCGGUUAUUCCGAAUUGAAGGAGGAAAUCUUGUCUGCUGCGAGACAAGGCGAGGAUUUGCUCUGUUCUAUCAAACGCAAAUCGGCCAAUGGUGAUGGCUAUAGUUGUGACACCAUGGGGAAUGUGUUUGCGAUUGAGCGACUUUUGGUCCAAUUAGAGGAGACUGAGCGGACUUUUGACGACUUCUGGCAGCAACACUCGACCAAAUUGCGCCACUGUUUGGAGUUGAGACGAUUCGAGCAGGAUUUCCGCGAGUUGCAAAUUAAUUUCAACUCGCAUUUGAAAGUUGUUAAUGAGAUGACCGAAAUCGGGGAAAGUAUUAAUAGGAUCGAUAGUUUAAUCAAGGAGUUGAUCACGUUUGAAAAGCUGUGUUUAGUUGAUAUAGAACGAGCUGAAGAAGUUGUUUCCUCAGGUCAAAGCUUAAUCCAAAAUAAAGUUUUCUACCCUUUGCAAUGUAUAGAACCUAAGUGUUGUGAAUUGAUACGAAUGAGAGACACUUUAGUUGAAAAACUCAACAAACGGAAAGAAACUCUUGUUAUUAGUAAGGAGGUUGUGGAGCAAAUUGAGAAGGCUAAUAUUUGGUGCACCAAAGGCUUGCAAUUGUUAGAAACACAUAAAGUAGAUAAGUGUUGUGAUCCCGAAACCCCGAAAAUGUAUAUCCGGGAAAUUGAGGAGUUUCUAAAGACGGGGGACGCACUUUUUGGGCGAAAUCCCCAAGACCUCAGUGCAGAAAUCAAGACAUUACUAGCUCAGGUUUCGAAAAAAAUAGACGAAGUCUCUCUAAUGUGCGAGAAACGCAUUUCGGGCUUAAAUACGUUGUUGGUGCCCCUUCAAGGCGAGGUUCCGAAGCAGCCACCCGGUGGUGCCCCCCACCCCAAUAAAAAAAAAACUUUUAAGAUACCAAAGAGUGAAUCUUCAGAGAAGCAUAUUGAAGAAGUUCACCAAACUUCCCCCGAGAAUGAGGAAGUGAAUAAAGCUAAGACUGGUCACGUGUUAACUGAGUUAAUAGAGACUGAGAAGUUUUACGUUUCGGAGUUACUGUCGGUUAUAACCGGUUACAAAAUGGAAGUGAAGUCUGAGGAAAUGCAGCAUUUGGUAACCCCAGGCCUUGGUGAUAAAAUAAACAUAAUUUUUGGUAACUUGGAUGAGAUAUACAGAUUUCACGCGAAUAUUUUUUUACAAGACUUGGAAAACUGUAUUUCAUCGAUUGAUUUAGUGGCGCUUUGUUUUGUCCAGCGCCGGGACACUUUUUUUCGAUUGUAUAGUUGUUAUUGCCAAAAUAUUCCUCGAUCUGAGCAACUUCGGGAGACUCUUGUCGACUCGAAUAUGUUUUUUCAGGCUUGCCAACGCAAACUCGGCCAUAAGCUCCCUCUAGCGGCGUAUUUACUAAAGCCGGUCCAACGGAUAACAAAGUAUCAACUCCUUUUGAAGGAUUUAUUACGCUACUCAGAGGAGGGAAAGUGUUGUCGGGAAUUGCAACAAGCACUAGACUGCAUGCUUGUAGUUUUAAAAUGUGUCAAUGACAGCAUGCACCAAAUUUCGAUAACCGGAUUUCCGGUCGAUUUAUCCCAACAAGGAGACUUGCUCCUCCAAGGGUCAUUCUCAAUUUGGGUAGAAAAUAAGAAAGAUAUAAGAUUGAGACUUAAGCCAUUAAGGCGUCACGUUUUCCUUUACCAAAAAUCAAUUUUAUUCUGCAAGGCUGCAUCCAAGUCGUCGCAUAAUAAAGCCACAUAUCAGUUCAAACACUAUUUGAAGAUGUCCCAGAUCGGUUUAACCGAAUCGGUUAAGGGCGACCCGCGAAAAUUUGAAAUCUGGCUUCAAGGCCGACAAGAAGUCUACACAAUUCAGGCAAGCAACAUUGAGCAAAAACAAUCGUGGGUUAAUGAAAUCAAACGCGUUCUUUUGAACCAAUUAGAAGAGCUGAAAGGCGAGAAAAUCAAACAAUACACGGCACAAGCACACAAACAAUUUGUUUCUAGACCUUUGCGUCAAACCACCUCGUGGGAGAAGCAAAAGAGCACAGUGUCAAAUGCGUCUUUGAUCAGUCACAGAACGAUGAGUUGCGACACUGAGUCGCAACCCCAUGACGAAAAUAUCGACUUAGAAGGGGAGAACUGGUCAUCGGACUGCACCAACAGUGAUGAUGAAGAGCACGCAAACAAUGUUGCAGUUCCUAGUGGGCGUUACGUUGCGUUAGCUGAUUAUUGUGCAGUUGGUAACAGUGAAGUUAAUAUGCGGGAAGGCGAUAUGGUUGAACUUUUGAAAGUUGGCUGUGCGGGUUGGUGGUUUGUUAAAAUUAUAGGUAGUUCUGUAGAAGGGUGGGCUCCUGCCGCUUAUUUGGAAAAUUUACACCGUAAAACGUCACGUAGCAGUAGCAGAAGUCAAGAUAAAUUAAAUGACCAUUGAGUGACAUUUCCUAUGGGUGUUUAAGUUUAUUUAUUUUCUAUUCUAAUUUAUAAAUACAUUAAAAUUCUAUAUUUUUUAUCUAUCGAAUUGUGAUAAUAGAUCUUUUUGUAUGUUAUAAAUAUGUUAUUGUUGACGUUACUGUUUUUAUACAUGACUUUGUCCCGUGUCAAUAUAGUCACAUAAGGCCAAAAUUCGAUUGCGAAACACAAAAAGAUCUAUUAAAAGUCAAAUAACCAUUUUGAUAAGAUUAGUACAAAUUCCAUUUAGCUAUUUGGUACACAAUAAAACCAAACAUUAUAAUCGCGUAGACUCUUUAGAGUUGUGUAAUAAAUAACCAAAAUAAUUUUUACAUUUCGCAUAAUCUGCGUAGCCAUAAAUUUAGAAAUUUAGACAUUUUUUAGUGAUGAAGUCUACUUUAUAAAUGAAUUCGUUUUAUUUUUCACCGGGAAUAAAAUGAAACUAAUGACGUUUUGCAAUGAAUUUUACUGAUAAAAUUUUUGGAAUAGUUAUUUAUAAUUGUUACGCGAUUUCGGUGUACCUUCGUCCAUAAUUCGAUUGUUUGGUUUAAUCCUAUUUUGUUUGAAAAACUAGGGAAAUGUCAUUUUAUCUGACCAACGAAUGACAUUUCCUUCAGGGUUUUAGUUUACUUAUUUCGUAUUUUAAUGACUUAAAAUUAUAUUUUUGUUGGAAUUGUGAUAAUGGAUCUUUUUGUAUAUUACACAACGUUACGAUUUAUACAUGAUUUAUUGGUUCCUUGUCAAUUUGCAAAAUUCCCAAAAAGAUCUAUUAAUAUUAGUACAAAUUCGGUUUAGUUUUAUCUUGUUUAAUAACCGAAAUUUAUACUCGUUUUCAAAUUAAUGUGCAUCGAAGUAGUCGUUGAAAGGGAUGGCAACCAUGCGAAAAUCUUAACCUCAAUUUUCCCUAAAAAUUAUUUUUUUUUAAAUAAAUGUGUCUCCAGGUAGCAAGAAAUAAUUAAAAUUAACAAGGUAAUUAACAUACUUAAAGAUUUUUGUCAAUAUUGAUGUGAUUAAAUUUGAUCUGGACACUUUUUGUGUGAAUCCCUUUAAAUUAAAGCGGCAUUUAGACUUUUACAACCUACUUGAUGCAUAUUAAAAUGAAAAAGAUUUGCUUUUACUGUCCCAAAGUCAGCUCAAAUGUCAAAUCCCUAUUUAUAUAACGAUUUUAUUGUUAUUUAUUUUGAAUGAAAAUCACGAAAAAUA